AUGAAUAAAAACACUAAUGCUUACGAUACUCUAAUAAAGGUUGUGAUAGUAGGGAACUGCAAUGUCGGAAAAUCUUGCAUUUUAAUGAGAUAUUCUGAAAACUAUUUUACAUCUUAAUAUUACAAUACUAUUGGUGUAGACUUUAAAACUAGAGUGAUUAAAAUAGGGCAUUUAAAUGUGAAAUUGCAAAUUUGGGAUACAGCAGGACAGGAAAGAUUUAAAGCAUUGACUAAUAAUUAUUAUAGGGAUGCUCAUGGAGUCGUCAUUGUUUAUGAUGUGACUGAAAGAUCUACAUUUGAUGCAGUGGAUAGCUGGAUUGAGGAUAUUGAUAAGUAUGGGAGAAAAUCUGUUUAAAAAUUAAUAGUCGGAAAUAAAGCUGAUAUACCGAAUAAAAGAAAAAUUAGCCUAUAGGAAGGGUUGGAGAAAGCGAAAUAAUUUAAUGCACGAUUUCUUGAAACAUCUGCUAAAACAUCUGAUAAUGUGGAUAAAUUAUUCAUUUCAAUUUGUGAGUAGGUCAUGAACAUGAAAUAGUAAUAGCCUUACAAUCAGAAUAAUAAUUUAUCUUAAUAAUAAUAGAAUUAAUCCUAGAAUAGGAAUAAUAGUAGUGGUUGUUGCUGA